CUGUAAAUCAAAAAUCAAAAAAAAUCAAAAAAAUCAAUGAUCACUACAACCUCUGUUUCAACUAUUGAUGGACUUCGAUAUUUGUACGACACGUUUAACAUGCCACUGGGUUUUCUUGUACUUGGUUCAAUCCCCGUGUCAGUACUACUCAUUAUGGAGAAACUUAGAGAGACUUUUCUACUCAUUGAAGUACUGAUCUCACUUUCGGUUUUACUAUGGUCUGUUGCUUUACCUGCUGUCACCAAAUGCAUGGAACUUUUAAUUUUUGCACCAUGCGUUAUUACAAUCAUGCUAGAUCUGCUGACACUGAUAAUUGGAUACGAAACAGUGAAACGGAGUUCGAAAGUAAGCAUCAUACUAUUGGGUAUCGCUGGUGGAAUCACAGUGUUGGGAAUCAUUCUGUUAAUUGCUUUAAGACUUGCUCAUCUUAAUCGAAUUGCGGUCCUACUGUCUGGCAUGUUUUUGGCUUUCGCCGUACCCAUAGUGGACGAAAUGGUUGAUAUAGAUUAGCGCUUUUAUACAGUAAUGACUAGCUUAGUUCUGAUUGUCCCACUCAUUGUAUUGUCGUUCUUCAGAUUCAGAACCAAUCCAUUAUUUGCACUGAUCCUGAUUGAAAUAACAAGUACUGAUUGUCCUGCUUUGCUUGUUGCUAUUCUCCAAAUUCAGAA